AUGGGCCCAUCACUCGGAUAUGCCGCCACCUGUAAGGAGGUGUUACAGACGCCUCUCUCUCCCUCUCGCUUGUCAGUCACCCCCACCCCACCCCACCCUAUGGCGGGGUUCCUGAGACGGGAUGGAAGGGAUGAGACGUUUUGUUCUGGAUCUGCGCUAAGAGGCGGCUUUGUCUUUGUCUCGACAAGUCGGGAAACUGCAAGAGCUCGUACCGGUACCGGCGGGCUGGAAGAUGAAGAUGUAGAGAUGAGCUACCUUAUCAUGAGUAGCUGCUAG